AUGGACCCAAAGGAGGUAGCUGCCCUAGUUUCCUUCCUCGUGUCCCAAAUCCCUCUUCUGCUUCUCCCCCUCUUCCCCUUCGCCCACCCGCGACCUUCGUCUUCCACCCCCUUUUCUCCCUCCGCACCCCAAUCGUCCCUCCUCUCCCUUUCCCUCCACCUCCUCUCCUCCGUCUCCCUCAUCGCCGCCGCCUCCCCCUGCCGCCCCCGCAAGCGCAAGCGCUACCAGCAAGACUCGGAGCCGCACGCCGCCAUUGCCCUCCGCCGGCGAGACCCCGACCACUCCCUUCUUUGUUUCCGCAUGAAAUCCACCACCUUCGAGUGGCUCUGCGGCCUCCUCGACCCCCUGCUCGACUGCCGCGACCCCGCCGGGUCUUCCCUCCGCCUCUCCGGGCCCACCCGUCUCGCCAUCGCUCUCUCUCGCCUUGCCUCGGGCGCUCCCUACCCUGAACUCGCCGCCCGCUUCGGGGUGCCCGCGUCCACCGCGCGCUUCUGUACCAAGCACCUCUGUCGCGUCCUCUGCACCAAUUUCCGCUUCUGGAUCACGUUUCCCUCAGCGUCCGAACUCGAUUCCGUUUCUGCCGGUUUCCAGGCUACCGGUGGUGGCCUCCCCGACUGCUGUGGCGCCUUGGCCUGCGCCCGUUUCGAGGCAUUUGGCGAUUCCGCCAUUGCAGCGCAGAUUGUGGCCGAUUCUUCUUUCAGGAUCACACACUUCGCUGCUGGAUUCCGCGGCGACCAGACCAAUUUCAUGGUUCUCAAGUCCUCGUCGAUUUACAAAGAUGUGCAAGAGGGGAAGCUACUCAGAGCAACACAGUACUUGGUCGCCGAUGGCUGCUACCCUCUGUUGCCUUGGUUGAUGAUUCCGUUCAGUGAUCCGGCUCAUGGUUCCUGUGACGAGAACUUCAACGCUAGGCACAAGUCGAUGCUCCAACCUGCCAUUCGGGUUGUCCAAAGCAUGAAGAAUUGGGGUGUGCUAAGUUCUUUAUCAGAAGAGGAGAAUGCUAAAAUGGCUGUGGCAUGCGUUGGCACCUGUGCGAUCCUUCACAAUGUGCUGCUGAUGAGAGAUGAUUUCUCAACGCUCUCCGAUAUAGACAACAAAUGCCAUGCUGAUUUAGAACACUCUGGUAAAGAUUCUGGAUUAGAGGAUUUUGCCAUUGAGAGCAGAGCUUCGACACUGCGGAGCACGUUGGCUCUUAGCGCAAGAGCAGCCUGA